UAUAAAGUUUUACUGGUAUUAGAUUCCAUUUUAAAGAUAACGCUUACGUUCUAAAUUUUUAUAAAAUUUAAAAUAUAUAAACGAAUAGAACUUUUUUUUAAUAGUAGUUUCAUUUGUGCAAAACUUCAUAAUGAUUUUUCCUAUUUUAGCAGUUUGCCAUUUAAUUCAUUUAUCUAAGUCGCACAUUUUAACCGUUACUAAUUAUAAUGUUUCUUGGAAGACUUUUAAGGAAACUCACAAUAAAAUCUACGAAACAGCUAAAGAAGAACAACUUAGAAAAUCAGUAUUCCUUUACAACAAAGAAAAAAUCAACCAGCAUAAUCUAGAAUAUGAAAUAGGCUUGCACACAUACACCAUGGGUGUAAAUCAGUUCACUGAUCUAACUGAAGAAGAGUUUUUUGACUUUUAUACAAUGAAAGCAUCUCAAGAUCAACAUUAUACAUUUACCCAAGAAUCAGAUUUAUUUAGUUCAAUCUAUAAAUACAUAAAUAUUAGUCAGUUGCCUAAGGAUGUUGAUUGGAGAAAAUAUAAUGUUGUAUCAAGAGUUAAAAAUCAAGGCCAUUGUGGAGCAUGCUGGGCUUUCGCAACUACAGGAGCUUUGGAGGCACAGUGGGCCAGAAGAACCAAAAAACUUGUCUCACUUAGUGAACAAAAUCUCGUAGACUGCUCGUGGUUCUAUGGAAAUCAUGGAUGCAGUGGUGGCUGGAUGGAAAAUGCCAUAGAUUAUAUAAUAAACAAUCAUGGUAUAGACACAGAACAAUCCUACCCUUAUUUAGCUAGAAACUUUUUUUGUCACUAUAACCCAAGAGCAAAAGGAGCUACGGCAUCGCAAGUGGUUUUAACGAAAAACGAGUUAGAGCUACAAGCUGCUGUAGCUACAGUAGGACCAGUGGCAGUCGCUAUUGAAGUAUCUUCAAAUUUUUAUAAAUAUUCUCGAGGAGUCUAUGAUGAUGAUGCAUGCGGACAAAAUGCUAAUCACGCUCUGUUAGUUGUAGGGUAUGGAGUUGAAGAAGGAAAACCUUACUGGCUAGUGAAAAAUUCUUGGGGACCAAGUUGGGGUGAAGAAGGUUAUAUAAAAAUGGUGAGAAAUAGGAACUUGUGUGGUAUCGCAGAUCAUGGAACUUACCCAGUGGUCUAGUUUCAUAAGAUUUAAAAAGCAUUUUUAUUAUAAGGCUUGUAAUUAAUAAAUACUUGUGUGGCAAAAUGUUACAUUA